GACUUAACGUACUUCACUAAAAAGGAAGUCCUAUACGCGCAUCAGAAAUUCAAGGCACUAGCCCCGGAGAAGGUUGGACACAACAAGAACGCGAAGCUGCCGAUGUCCAAGAUCCUGCAGUACCCCGAACUGCGGGUGAAUCCUUUCGGCGACAGGAUCUGCAAGGUCUUCAGCUCCAGCCAGGACGGCGACUGCACGUUCGAGGAUUUCCUGGACAUGAUGUCCGUGUUCAGCGACGCUGCUCCGAAAGCCGUGAAGGCCGAGCACGCGUUUAGAAUAUUCG